AUGACUCUCAUUCACAUGGUGUUGUUCAAAUUCCGGCCGGAGGUCACGAAAGAACACAAGGAGACGUUUAUAAGAGAACUCAAGAAGUUGAAAAACUUAUCAUGCGUCAAGCACAACCGCUUGAUUGUUGGAGGACCCUCCGUGACGGAUCCGAUCGAACGUAGCAAGGGUUUCGAGUUUGCUCUCCUUAGCUACCACGAGAACCGCGCCGCGUUGGACGAGUACCAAGCAAGCAAGGAGCACCAUUGGGUCACGCAGACUUACAUGUUCCCCUUCAAGGAGGACCUGUGCCGGUUCGAUUUCGAGGUCGAAGAAGCAGACGAGUACAUGUGUGACAUCACCAAGCUCGCGUCAAAGCUGACUGGUGGACUGUCCACACCCGAGGAGCAGUCUCUCUGA